AUGUCUGUAUCUGCCAAGACCGCUACCGGUAUCACAGCUGCGCUACAAAAAGAAGAUAUAGUUGGGGAUUUGUUUCCUGCAAGAGCCACUUCUUCUACUUUCAUCCCAGAAGGUUCUUUGUUGGUAGAUUAUUCUACUCCAAACACUACUGUUUCCCUAGGUAACGUUUUACCAACUGAAACCACUCAAGACGCUCCUACUUUCUUUUACAAACCUUUCGAUAAUGUCGACACUUCCUCACUUUAUACUCUGGUGAUGACUGAUCCAGAUGCUCCAUCCCGUACCGAUAAGAAAUUCUCUGAAUAUUGUCAUUAUGUAGUCACUGAUAUUAAAUUUACUAAUGCUAAUGAAGGCGGUGCUAUUGUUCCAGGCCAAGAUAACGUCGAGUUGCAUAGCUACAUUGGUCCAGGUCCUCCAAAGGGUACCGGUCUACAUCGUUACAUCUUUUUAUUACUAAAACAAGACUCAUCCGUUAAAAAUUUCUCUGAAGUUAAAGAAAGGUUUAAUUGGGGUUAUGGUGUACCAGGUGUUGGUAUCGAGCGUUGGGGUAACGAAAACAAUUUGAAAUUGAUUGCUGCUAACUAUUUCUUAGCCGAAAAUAAAUAA